CACGACGCUUGUCCCUUUCCUUAACUUCUUAACACCUCAGCAUCUGCUCUGUCCGCAUUCUUUAAGUUGUUAUUUUAAGGCGUUGGUGUUUUCGAGAUGCAGAUGCUUACCAAGUUCGAAAGCAAAAGUAAUAGAUGUAAAGGGCUCGCGUUCCACCCUAAGCGACCAUGGAUUUUAGCCUCCUUGCAUAACGGCUCAAUCCAGCUAUGGGACUAUCGGAUGGGGACGCUGUUGGAACGUUUUGACGAACACGAUGGACCUGUGCGCGGUAUUGCAUUUCAUCCAACACAGCCGCUGUUUGUAUCUGGUGGCGACGACUACAAAAUCAAAGUCUGGAACUACAAAACGCGUCGUUGCUUAUUUACGUUGAACGGGCACUUGGAUUAUGUCAGAACUGUCUUUUUCCAUCCUGAGCAUCCAUGGAUCAUUUCGGCCUCUGAUGAUCAGACAAUCCGUAUUUGGAACUGGCAAUCUAGAAGCUGUAUCGCCAUUUUGACAGGUCAUAACCAUUAUGUCAUGUGCGCGCAAUUCCAUCCCAAGAAUGAUCUUGUUGUAUCAGCUUCGAUGGAUCAGACCGUGCGUGUGUGGGAUAUUUCAGGUUUGCGCAAAAAGAAUCAGGCACCAACGGCAAUGACUUUCGAAGAUCCAUUUUCGCGACAAAAUCCACAGAGUGAUUUAUUUGGAUCAACUGAUGUGAUGGUGAAAUAUGUGCUUGAAGGACAUGAUCAUGGUGUGAACUGGGCUUCGUUCCAUCCCACUUUGCCUCUCAUUGUGUCAGCUGGGGAUGAUCGUCAAGUAAAGCUUUGGCGUAUGAGUGAAACCAAGGCUUGGGAAGUAGAUAGCUGCCGCGGUCACUUCAGCAAUGUUUCUAGCGCUAUUUUCCAUCCACGUCACGAGCUCAUUUUGUCUAAUGGCGAGGAUAAGUCUAUUCGCGUCUGGGAUAUGACGAAGCGCACGGCCAUUGCAACUUUUCGUAGAGAUCACGAUCGGUUUUGGGCUCUCACAUCGCAUCCCGAACUCAACCUGUUCGCAGCAGGUCACGAUAACGGUUUGAUUGUUUUUAAACUUGAACGCGAACGACCAGCCCACCAAGUCCAUCAAACCCAACUGUAUUAUAUUAAGGAUAAAAUCCUCCAUGUGCACGAUCUUGCUAGCAGCGCUGAUCAAGAGAUUCUGAGCGUACGCAAGUUGGGAUCGCAAUACGUCAACCCACGCACUCUUUCAUAUAACCCAGCUGAACGUGCGGUGCUUGUCACUUCGUCUCAAGAUGGUGGUAUCUACGAACUUUUCCCGCUGCCAAAAAAUCUGUCUGGUAGUCUCAAGGAACCUGCUGAUGAAUCGAAGCGUGGAACAGGCCACGCCGCACUCUUUAUCGCAAGAAACCGAUUUGCCGUUUUGGAUACUCUUAAUCAGCAAAUACAAAUCCGCGAUUUGACCAACACUGUGACAAAAUCAUUCAAAACUCCUGGUCCCGUCGCCGAAAUUUUCUACGCAGGCGCUAACAGCCUAUUGAUGUCUACACCCACAUCAGUCAUCUUAUUCGAUAUUCAACAAAGACGCACCGUCGCGGAACUUCCAGUCGGAUCUGUCAAAUACGUCGUUUGGUCUCAGGAUAUGUCAAUGGUUGCAUUGCUAAACAAGCAUACUAUUACGCUCGCCGAUAAGAACUUGAAGCAAGCAUGCCAAAUUCAUGAAACGAUUCGCAUCAAGAGCGGCACAUGGGACGACUCUGGUGUCUUAAUCUAUUGCACCUUAAAUCAUAUUAAAUACGCGCUUCCACAAGGCGACAAUGGUAUUAUUCGCACUUUGGAUCAACCCGUAUACCUUACCCGUAUCAAGGGCAAAACACUUUUCAUCCUGGAUCGUGACGGUAAUUCUAGAAGCAUGACUAUUGAUCCCACUGAAUACCGCUUUAAGCUUGCUUUGGUCAAGAAGCAAUACGAAGAAGUAUUGCACAUCAUCCGUAAUUCAAACUUGGUUGGCCAAGCUAUUAUUGCUUAUCUACAGAAGAAGGGCUAUCCAGAGAUCGCACUCCACUUUGUUAGAGACAAUCAGACACGGUUCGAACUUGCUUUGGAAUGUGGUAAUCUGGACAUCGCUUUAGAGACCGCACAGGCUUUGGACAAGGCAGAGUGCUGGACUAAGCUCGGCUCUGAAGCUUUGAGACAGGGCAACUAUAAGGUUGUUGAGAUGGCAUACCAACGAACCAAGAGCUAUGAUAGUCUUUCGUUCCUAUACCUUACUUCCGGUAACGAAACCAAUUUGCGCCAAAUGCUGAAAAUUGCCGAACUACGCGAAGACCCGAUGUCUAGAUUCCAAAACGCCCUUUACUUGGGCGAUUACCCAGAACGUGCACGCUUGCUCAAGGAUGUGGAUCAAUUGCCUCUUGCGUAUCUCACCGCCAAAUCGCGUGGUCUCACUGAAGAGGCCGAAGCCAUUCUUGCUGCUGCAGGCAAAACUGAGAGCGACAUCUCACUACCAGUAACACCAGCUGAUCUACCCUCUCCUCCUAAGCCCGUUGUUCAGCUAGAGGAUCCAAAUUGGCCAUUGCUGACCGUUUCAAAGAGCUUCUUCGAGGGUGCUUUUGCCAAGGAACAAAAUGGAGCAGUCAACUCCGUGGCAGCGCCUUCUUUCUCUUACGAUGAAGGAGACAUUGAAGAAGCUGGUGGAGCAUGGGGUGACGACGAUAACGACGACUUUGGUAUAACUUCAACAAGCAAACAGGAUGAUGGAAAUGACCUGUUAGAUCUCAACGGACGAGCUGAUGGAUUGGACGAUGGCGAAGAAGGUGGCGGUUGGGAUUUGGAUGAUGAUAUCAAAGCAGAUCUGGAUGCUGAGAUCAGCCAAGCAGCAGCACAAGCAACAGCCGAGUUUGUCGCACCGACGCCAGGCACCAACGAAAGCAAUAUCUGGACACAGAACUCGCCACUGGCAGCAGAUCACAUCGCUUCUGGUUCUUACGAAAGUGCAAUGCAAGCUCUGAACCGUCAAGUCGGUAUCGUCAACUUUGAACCCCUCAAACCAUACUUUUUAUCUAUAUAUCAAGCAUCGCGUGUCACAGUCUCGCCCUUGGCGUCCAACCCUGCGCUAUCAUUCUGCCUGCGCCGCAAUCCUGAAGAAUCCAAUUCGCGAGCAAGUCUUCCAGCAGUCGUUUACAAUUUCCAAAACAUUGUAUCCACACAAUUGCAAGCGGCGUACAAGGCAUUCACCUCUGGUCGUCUCGCAGCUGCAGAAACACAAUUCAAGGUCAUUUUACGAUCCAUCCUGUUUACGGUGGUGUCUAGUCAAAGCGAUGCCGACGAAGUAGCCCAGCUCAUCGAUAUCUGUCGCGAGUACCUUGUCGGUUUGUCUCUGGAACAAAAGCGCCGUACGCUGACAGCUUCGGAACCAAAACGAGCCCUCGAAAUGGCCGCUUACUUUACACACUGCCAGCUCCAGACACCUCAUUCACAACUUGCACUUCGACAGGCCAGCAAACAGGCAUUCAAGCUCAAGAACUUUAGUACAGCAUCCCAAUUCUCGCGCCGGUUGCUUGAACUGGCUCCUCCAAAGACCGUAGCAGACGAAGCCCGCCAAAUCCAAUCCGUCUGUGAACGUAACUUGCACGAUGAAAUUGAUUUGGCGUAUGAUCAAUACAAUCCAUUCGUCGUCUGCAGUAUUUCCUAUGAACCGAUCUACAAGGGCUCGCCCAAGUCUGACUGUCCAUUCUGCCAUGCCUCAUACAAGCCGGAAUCAGAAGGCAAACUGUGUACAGUCUGUGAGGUUGCCCAAAUUGGCGCCAAUGCUACCGGUCUUCGCGUAAUGAUUUAAUUUUCUUUCUAUGUGUCCUUAUCAUAAAAUUAUUUUUCUGUUUUCUUGCCACAUUAGACCUUUAAAUAUACAAUAAUUUUUUUAAAGUAUGAAACAAAUUGUAUUAACUAGAAAUUAUUAUCUAUUAUCAUUUUAAAUGCCCAUUUUGGGUCCGUAUGGACAAACUGAUACAAUCUGAGAAUCUAUUAAAUGUGGGUAACCGGGUAUUUCUGCUUGGUGAU